AUGAAUAUUCUGAAGACCCUAAAUUGGUGUGCUGGUAGAAGUGGGAGUAAACUUUAUGACUCGCCUGCUGAACUUCAGCACGGUAGUAAUGUUUCGGAUCUGUCUAUCUUGACGAUUGAGGGAGAUUAUUUUGCUCUUAAGUGUGACUUGGUUGAUUUGCUGUCGACAUUGCUUAUUAAUGAGUUUGAUCCUGCAAACAGAAAGCUAUUGGGAGUACUGAUUGACAAAUGCGUUGAGAAGGAUCCCGAAUUCAUUCUCAAAAUCUCCCUUUAUUUUCAUAAACUGUUAAACAUUCGAAGGACAGCCAAUCUGUUAGUUUCGAUAGCUUGUUUUUAUGUGCAGUGCCGCGUUUUCAUAAAGAAGUAUUUUAAUGCAUGCAUUUGUACACCCUUCGAUUGGAUAGAAGUUGCCGAGUGUUAUGCCUCGUUGAGCGGUGAUCCUAAACUUAGAGGAAUGCCAAAAGCAUUGAGAAAGUGUAUGGUCUCCAAGUUUUGUGAAUUUGAUCAGAAUCAGCUAGCUCAAUGCAAGCGAAGGUUGAAUGGUGUCUGCUCUAAUAAGUGCAAGGUCAGUGAAAAAGGUGCAGGUGAUGCAGUAGUGGGUGCCGUAACAGACACUUUACAAUCAAGGCUAGUAGAUCCUUCUCCGAUUCAUUUUACAUUGAAGAAACUCGUUCGUAAGUUGCAUAUAUCGAAUCCUGCGUUAAAUGUCAUGUGUAUUCUUGGAAAAUCGUAUCCCAAUGAUGCCACUACCUUUUCAAAAAUGGGGUUAGAGGGGGAUUGGGAUGCUAGUAAAGCUGGUGUAUGCAUGAGACUCCCCUUUCACUCAAAAUGGAGAGUGGAGUUAACUGCUGGAAAAAGUCGUGACGCUUGGACAAAAAUUAUAACGUCUGGUGAUCUUUGUCAUGAAUUAAUUCUGAGAAAUCUAAAAAGUAUCCUAUGCUCACGCAUUUCUCAAACUGGACAUGAUAUUGUUUUACAGAGAUUGUCAAAUGUGGAAUUGGUCAUUGCAGGAAAACAAUUGCCAUUUGUUUAUCUUACAGCGUAUAUAGCUGUUGAGAAACUUCAUGAUAUGCUAUCCAUGACUGCAAAUCGUAAACGCCUAAAAGACACCCGUGUAGAAGAAAGCAACAAAAUUCGAUCCAAGUACCUUUAUAGAUCCAGGAAGUCUAGAGUAAGAUCUUUGAACAUUAGUAAGGAGCUAUUGAACAAAUACCUAUUAGCUUUAACUAAAGCUAUGAGCUUGUCAGCUCGUUACAAUUUAUCUCCUAUACGUUGUUCAGUUUUGGUUAUUUGUUCUUUAUGCUCAGGAUUUGAGCUUCAAAAAAUUAGGAGAUCUACUAGAGUGAAAGCUAUCAUAAAUGUGUUAAGCUUUAUUUAUGGUGCAAUAUGCAAUGCAAUAUGUGAAAAUGCAGUCGUUUAUUUUGUAGUGGAUAAUGACUAUAAUGUCGCUUCCAUUAAUAGAAUGUUAUUACUGUUAUAUGGUUCACUAUGGCACACAGAGGAAAAUAAAAAAGACACAUCAUUGUUUCGAUCAACGAACCUACCAUUAAUGGAUAAGAUAAAACUGAUUUAUAAAAAUCGUAAAUCAUGGGAAAAAUAUUCCUUAUCAUUAAUACUGGAUAGGUUUAGUGCAUUUCGCAAAGAGUUUGAUAAAGUCAUUGUAUUUGGAGAUUGCCCUGACAGCAUUGCAAAAUAUGUUGUGAAUUACCGAGCAAACAUUGGUCCCAUCAAAGCUAUUUGGAAUAAUCUUAGUGGGAACGAUAAAUGGUGCACUUCAUUCCCAAUGACGGGAUGGAUUGAAUCAAAAGGAUUAGUAGAUAGUGUCUUCAAAUAUUUAUCGUUACCGGAUGACAAAUGUUUAGUAGAACAAAUCGAUAAAAUUGAUGAAACUUACCAACUGAAUACCAUGUUCGACCUACCUCUUCAAAUGAACAUAUCAAGCGAACAACAAGGUCAUAAUAAACUUUCUCAAAUGAAAUCAACUCAAGACAAUUUCUGCCGCGUGUAUAUAUCAUCAUCUUACAUGGACAUGCAUGCGGAACGUGAUCUGAUUUACCAUACUUUAGUGCCAAAUUUGUGUCAAAAUGUUGCACAAACGUACAGUACUUGCAUUGAUCUAGUUGAUCUACGUAUUGGUGUUUCUGAAACAAUUACCUGUAGUCUUAUGGCUUUGGAAAUGUAUUUAAAACAAGCAGCCGCCUCUGAUAUAUUUGUUUUGUUAUUGGGUGCCAAAUAUGGUUGGGUUCCCGAUGAAUCGCUAGUUAGAGCAUUGCCUGAUUCACUUUUAGCUGAAGUCAAUAAAUUUUACAAGCCUGGAAUGUCUGUCACAGAAAUGGAAUAUCAUAUGGUGAAACUAGCUGCCGUAAAUAAAUUGUCCAGAACAGGUUUCAGCAUGUUUCCUUCUAGAAUGUUUGUAUUCAUUCGAGAUUUUAACACAAGUGAUAUACCGAAUGAAUAUGGACAAAUAUUUCGUGAUCACGAUCCAGUCAAUCUUCAUCACCUCGAUGCGUUCAAACAACUCUUACUGAAUGAUGGAGUUUCUAUCCUCAGUUAUUCUGCUCAAUUCAUUGGUGUAAUUGAUGACCGUCCGAUGGUGGGAAAUCUAGAUAACUUUGCAAGUCAAUUUCUAUCAACACUAGAAUCAACACUCAAGAGAUUAUAUCAUAACCCUGUAAACGACGCUUUUAAACUGCCAAUGGUUACGUCAUCUGAUGAUAAUGAUGAACUGAUAAAUAUUUCAGAAUUUUUUGCAACUUAUGUAAAUCCAAUAGCUUGUGAUAUAUCACCACGACAUUUGUUAAAUAUACAACAUGCCUUUAAAACAAUGGCUGGACAAUGUGUUCCGAUAUAUUUCACUGGUCAACAUAUAAAAUCUGAUGAAUCCUCAAGUACAACUUCUAAAAAAAAGAGAAUUGAAGAUAGAACAUCAAAUUAUCAAAACAAAAGUGGAGGGAUUUUAGUCAUUACUGGAAGUCCUGGAAGUGGAAAAACUGUUCAUCUGGCUGCAUUAGCAAUGUCGUUGGCUAAAAGUGAUCAUCAGUCUACUUUGAUGAGUUCUGAAGAUUGUACUCGAUCAACAAGUACCACACGGAAAUCAAUCUCAAACAGUCAAUCCUUGGCAAAGUAUCAAAUUUUAAUUCAUUUUACCAGUGGUAUACCAAGUACAGGUUUACCGUCAUGUAAACAAUUGUCUAAACUGCUUGAUCAUUGGAUCAAAUGUCUAGCUGCCCAGUUACAGAAUUUAUUCAGUUCAUCAAAUAUUCUUAAAAUGUUUCUUUCGAGGAUCAAAGUUAAUUUGGAUAGCGCAAAUACAGCAAAUGAUCACCAUAAUCUAAAAUUGAAAAUGCUUUGUUUUAAUAAAAUGAUAUGGUUUUUGGGUUAUAUACCUGAAUUGAAUUAUGCUUUUCUAAUUGACGAUGUAGACCAUCUUGAUCCGUUGAUAUUAGACGAUUGGCUACCAUCAGUCUUACCAAAAAAUGUUCAGUUCAUUUUUACAUGCGAAUCUAAUUCGAAAAUCAUACAAAAAUUAACAUGUCAAUAUGACAACAAAACUUGUUCAGUGUAUCAGAUACCCCAGUUAACUUCUGAAGAAUGUCGUUCUGUUAUAUUGUCUCAUUUACAAAGCAAUGGAGUGUCUUGUGUUCCUUCUCAAUUGGAAUAUGAGAUCGCUGUACUAAUUUCAGCUUGUGAGUCAAAUAAUCCAUCGUAUUUCUAUAUGGUUUGUAAAUAUCUACAAUUAUGUGGAACUCAUGAUGAGGUGAAAUCUCAUCUGAAAAUGUUAUCUGGCACAAUUGAUCAGUUAAUAGAUCAGAUUAUCAAAAAUCUUGAAGCUGUAUGCUGA